CUGAAGUGCGGGAACGCGAAGGAGCUAUGGAGGAACACUUCGACAAAGAUUUCAUUGACGGAUACCUGAGAAAGAUUGAAGAAAACAAAGGGAAGGAUUCCCACUUCACUCUUUCAACGCUCGUUGGCAGCACGGUCAACUUCUACAGUGCAGCUACCAACACCGUGCGAAGCGCAGUCCUGUGGAACCUGUACAUAGCGGCCAGUGACCCGGACGGUCAGCAAUCACGAAUACAGAGCGAAAUCGACGCAGCGAUUGGACGCAAGACGGCCGCCCGCCUGGGAAGACAGGCGUCGGACGCCGUUUACAAUGGCGUGCAUUCUGGAGGCACUCCGCUGGAGGACUACGGCUCCACUAGGUCUGCAGAGGGCUGCAGGCCGUGACACGGUAAUAUGCGGGUACCACGUUCCUGCCGGCACAAUGGUGGUUGCAAACCUGUGGGGACUUCACAACGACCCUGCCUACUGGCCCGAGCCAUCGAAGUAUGAUCCCACGCGAUUUCUCAAAGCUGACGGCACUGAGGUGGAUGAGAAGCCAGCGGCGUUUCUUCCUUUUGGAACGGGGAGGAGACAGUGUCCGGGUGAAACGCUAGCCUUGAUGGAGGUCUUCCUGUACGUGGCAACAACGCUUCAGAGGUUCAAGGUACUUCCGGAAGACGGCCAGACCAUCUCUCUCGUCACUGCACCCGCCGUAAUCUCUGUCGCCAACGAUGCUCAAAGGUUGCGCUUCAUACCGCGAUGAUAAAAACAGUGUGCUUGCGAGCCAUUAUUACUCAAGCAACACAAUUUGGAUUGUAAGGAUGAACUUAGAUAAUGGUAGCUUCCUUUUAGAUUUGACGACCCCCUCUGGUAAAACAAGGCUAUUCAGAUGUAUAGUUAGAGCUGUUGCACGAAUGUCACCGAAGCCUUGACAGAAAAAAAAACAUGAUCGUUGAGCAGAUCCGAGUCUUCGGACGUCGUGGGCAAGCCGAAUUUAGCAGUUCUAUGUAAAAAAAAAAACAGAGAAAGCAAAACAGAAAUUCGACCAAUAUUAUGAGCAGGUGGUUGGCGAUGCUCUUGCGAGAAUGGAAUUAUCCACGCGCUUCUGGCUUGAAUCUGAAGACAGUGUAGAUUCUGUAGACGGUGGAAGUACAAUAUCCACAACAGUACUUCCGCUAUCUGCAGUCCACGCUGUUGUUUAUUUUUUAUUUGUUCUUCGCCGAGAAGCUCAUUCACACGUGAACAGAGAGUUUCUGUUUCUCCUUUCACUUCCUCUAAAUCUGAAUAAUAAAGGCCAACUGAAGCG